AUGGCUGUCUUCCAGUAUCUACAGCUGCACUGUCGGUACUUAGCAGCCAGACUUGUGGGCUGCCCACGACUGUUGGCACUUGUCUGUGUGGCAGCAGCUCCAGUCAGAGUGACUGCAGCCUUCCCGCUGAAUGCAUGGAUCUUGUGGUUCCCCAGAUUAGAGAUCCCUAACACCAUUCUGAAAGCCCACCAGCCUUACGGCGGGUCCAGGCUUUGUGCCCUGCCGGUCCAGGGACCAAGAACAACAAGAUCCACUCUCUGUGCUACAACGAUUGCAUCUUCUCACGCAACACUCCGACCAGGACUUUCAACUACAACUUCUCCGCUUUGGCAAACACUGUCACUCUUGCUGGGAGGGCCAAGCUUCACUUCCAAAGGGCUGAAAUACUUCCAUCACUUUACUCUCAGUCUCUGUGGAAACCAGGGUCGGAAAAUGUCUGUGUGCACCGACAAUGUCACUGACCUCCGGAUUCCUGAGGGUGAGUCAGGGUUCUCCAAAUCUAUCACAGCCUACGUCUGCCAGGCAGUCAUCAUCCCCCCAGAGGUGACAGGCUACAAGGCCGGGGUUUCCUCACAGCCUGUCAGCCUUGCUGACCGACUUAUUGGUCCAAUGAUGUGACCCAGUCCUUCAGUUCUGGGAGAUCAACCACCAUCCGUGUCAGGUGCAGUCCACAGAAAACUGUCCCUGGAAGUUUGUCGCUGCCAGGGUAAGCCCUGCAAAGGGGUGUGACGAAGGCCAAAAUCUCCGUUCCUUGAAGUCAUUCCAUCCUGAGAUCCAGAGAUUAGUGAAAAGGAGAAAAAAGAAAAGAGUUUGAGAUCCAUUAAUGGGCUCUUAGGGGCAGAGUCAUGGCCCCAGAUCCUCAAUCUUCAUACGGCAAGAAUAGGGUAGAAGGAAGAGUGAAAGCUGCUCUCAUAUUCCUGGUCCAUUAUGGUGGCAGCUGCGUAGCAUUGUAACCAACAGCUCAGCUGAGAGCCAGAUUGAAUCAUCUCCUCCACUAACUAGCUAUGUUAUCAUGGCUACAUUUCUUACCGUCUUUCGGCCUCUUGUUUCCUUAUCUGUAAAAAUGGGUGUAAUGCUAAAUUCCCUCAGUGGGUUGUUUUGAGGAUGAAAUGAGACAAGGAGACUUUAGGACGUUUCAUGAUCUCUGGCUAUUAUGAGGAUUAAUAAAGGUUUAGGGAUCCUAGGAAUCUCUCUGCAAUGAAAAUACCCAGUUCUGAGUUUAAUAGCUGAGUGAACUAAAUCAAAAAUUUCCAAAUGAAUAUGACCACAAGACACCCCCUCCCCUCCCCGCAU